UGAAGUUAAUGUUCUUUAACGUCCUUAUGAACUCGUCCCAAGGGCUUCAAAUGUUGACGAGUUCACUGGAUUUCGCCCCCAUUGCGGCACCUGGAACGAAUGUCAUUGGCUGCUGUGUUGUCCGCAUUUGUUCCAGCAGGAUUCACUUGCAUCUGGAACUUCUUCUACAUAAAGCCACUGGAAGAGCACGUCUGAUUCGCCUCAUAAACUUUAGAACUCCGCGCUACGUUUUGGGCGUUGCCAAGUUGGUGUGAUGGUUUUCUCUAUCUGGCAAUCGAUACGCAUACCUACGCCAACAGGUAAAGAAGCUUAAGGUGGCGCCAUUAGGGUCUACUUAUUUCCUUCUUCUGAUCCGCUUCGCAGCGAUGGAUAAAUGGCUGAUGGAAAACGAUAGUCGACUUCCCCUUGAAUGAAACUUGUCCUUCGACUCCGGUAUCAAUAGUCAAAUUGAAUUGCCUCACAUCAGCGCACGCAGUGUUUACUUUUCAUGGGUUUCAAACACAGGUUCGUGAUGCAAGCAAUUUGACCACCUGUACAAUACAGCACGCACGAAGUCUCCUUCAAUCAAUUGCAGUGACGGGGUUUAGCUUUCAGCAUUUAAUCUGCUUCAUCUAAAUUCAGCUAAUGGCAAUUGUUUUCUCACUUGGACACUCAGCUUUGAGACGAUCCAUAGCCUACACUGCGACCAACCGAUUUGUAUAAGUGUAACAAGCGAGUAAUUAUCGACUGAAAAUGGAACUGGGGAUCAUAACGGCCAUAUUGGUUAUUAUGUGUCACGUAGCUGACUUUCAAAUGCUGCCAAAUCAGACGGAUUAUAUCGUUAAAAUCCUCAAUGAAGAAAGGAAAGUUCUGUACAAUUACGCAGUUCCAUAUUUGCAUGAUAAUCCAUAUCCAGGAGUGGAAAAGUAUACGCACUACGAAAUGGCUCGUUUAGGGAUGCUGCCAUUAGUGAAUGUCAAACCACUCAUUCCUAAACUGGGCCCAAUCAUCAACGACGUCACCUCUUUCAAAUACCCCAUCACCGUUUCAUCGUGUAAAAGGAACCCAACUAGUCGCAGUGUAUUCAUAGCUGUCAUUUCGGCAACAGAAAAUGUUCUGAAUAGGGAAAAAAUCCGUAAAACAUGGAAAAACCACGUCUCCGUUGUUGUUGGCAAAGGUUUGCUGAGCGUGGCCCGUUUUGUCUUUGUUUUAGGAAGGUCGAGCGACAGUCUGUUGCAGGGCAAAAUUCGAGGGGAGAGCACGUUUCUUAGAGAUAUCCUUCAGUUAGACAUUUUGGACUUUUACAGAAAUUUACCUUUUAAAAUGGCAGGAUUGCUGAACUGGAUGAACAUCAAUUGCCCGAAAAUUAGCUUUUUGCUGAAAGUUGAUGAUGAUGUCUACGUCAACGUGCACAAUGUUGCAAAGAUGGUUGAAUCCUACCACCAAACGGGCAAGUUCUCUAUGUUUGGUCGCAGUCAGAAUUAUGGAUUCCCUCCUGAUCGCUUAAACAAUUUUGGACCAGCAAGAGAUCCAAAUCGGUAUCAAAUAACAUUGGAAGCUUGGCCGUGGCAUACGUAUCCUGAUUACAUAAUCGGGCCAGUCUAUAUGAUACACGGCAGCUCAAUCCUUCCCUUAUUAGCCGCUAUGCAGACGACGCCCGUGAAUCCUUUCGAGGAUGUUUACGUGACGGGAAUUUGUUCAGAAAAAGCUGGGAUUAAAGUCCUUUUUUAGUCUGGUACCACAAGGUGAGUUUGAUUGUUAGUGCCAUCUCUUCCGCCAGUAUGAGGCGGGUAUCAGUAAAUGGCUCAACACAGACUGACGUGAUAUCCUGUUCAAAUAACAAACAGCUUGUAUGCUCAUUCGCCAUUUGAUGACCAAUGUGAGGCACGGAAAUAUCUCGCAUGGGACGAUUGGUUAUCACCGCUGUCCCACGAACAGAUCGGCAACCUCUACAGCGGUGCAACCAAUAAAUCAUGUGACAGCCCCAAUGCUUCCAUCAAGUUUAACUUCAGAAGCAAUUAUUCUACUUAUCCUUGAACGCGUGCAACUUUGUGCUGUUGAGGUAAAGAUUGGACCUCCUGAAUAUUGUCAUCAAAACUUUAUAUUAUUCAUUGUAAGAGAAUGUCAUCAAUGGAAAGUUAUCACUUCCACGUCAUGGGAGAUCUGUGGCAAAAAGUCAGACUUGAUUCGUUUUUUUUUCUAAAGAUCUAGAUCGAGCUAUAAAAUCACAUGAAAAACAUAAGAAAUUGAACGAAGAUCGCACAAAAUCUACCUUGUUUUCAUGUGAAUCUUUUAGUUUUUGAGUGAUGUGAAUUUAAAUGUGGUAGCGUCAAAACCACUUUUAUUACGUUUUAUUCAAAGCUAUGUGUUACUAACGAGUAAAACUAAUGAUUUAUUCGGAAUCAGCAUUCAAUUUUGAUUGUGAUAGGCGAGUUUUUAGGGGAUUCUAAGAGAUGUCACUUUUUGCGAAUUUUGACAAAAGUGGGAAGGGUAUAGCCUUCCCACUUUUUCAUUUUUGCAAAAAUCUAAAUAUAGCUAAAAAUAUUUGAUUUCGAUUCAAAAUUUUACGCUGAUUACGAAAAUCAACUUUGUUUUCACAUGGGCUUUAUAGUUUUUGAGUUAUUCGAAUUCGUUCGUGAGCAGACGAACCAUUGAAAGAGCCUUGCGUACUUUAACAACAUCCAACCAUAUGCUAGUAGAACCAGAAACAUUGUUUUGACAAGUACUGUCAUACUUUGGUUACAGGUUUUCGCUAAAAACCAAAGCAUUUUCGGUUGCUGAAACGACAGCUACGAAUACACUGCGACUAGUUGGGCUCCUUUACGCGAAGAAACGGUGACGGGGUAUUUGAAAAAAGUUAGGCUAGUAUAGGCUUUAUAGGUACUUUGUACUCCUUAGCUGCUGGGGGGAAAUAGACAAUUUUGACACUAGCAGACGUUAGCGGCCCUCCGGUAUCCAUCCAAAUAACAAACAGCAUCUAUGCUGCUCAUUCGCCAUUUGAUUGUUGAUGAUUGAUCGCAUGGGACGACUGGGUAUCACCGCUGUUCCACGAGGAGAUCGACAACUUCUACAGCGGUGCAAUCAAUAAAUCUUGCGACAGCCCCGAUGCUUUCAUCAAGUUCGUCAAAGUUUUUGAAAUCAAUGUAAAAAACGAAUACACAAAUUUUUUGUGAAUUUG